AAUUGGCAAAUCAUGUCCUGCUGCCCACUUAUUCUACAAAAAGGCUUGAGCUCCUGAAUAUGGUACCCCAAUGUGUGCCUGAUCUUGUGCCAAAGCAACACGUAAACUAUAUAAAGGCGUUGGCAGCCUCGCUGGUUUGUUUUAGAUAAUGGAAUCCUAUCCUACUAUGAUUCACAGGAUGAUGUUUGCAAAGGGAGCAAAGGAAGUAUAAAGAUGGCAGUGUGUGAAAUUAAAGUCCAUUCUGCAGACAACACAAGAAUGGAGUUAAUCAUUCCAGGAGAGCAACAUUUCUACAUGAAGGCAGUAAAUGCAGCCGAAAGACAGAGGUGGCUGGUUGCUCUGGGGAGCUCCAAAGCAUGUUUGACCGAUACCAGGGCUAAAAAAGAAAAAGAAAUAAGUGAAACCAGUGAAUCUCUGAAAACCAAAAUGUCUGAACUUCGCCUCUACUGUGACCUCCUGAUGCAACAGGUGCAUACAAUCCAGGAGUUUGUCCACCAUGAUGAGAAUCAUUCACCUCCCAGUAUAGAGAACAUGAAUGAAGCCUCCUCCUUGCUUAGUGCCACGUGUAAUACAUUCAUCACAACCCUUGAGGAAUGCGUGAAGAUAGCGAAUGCCAAGUUUAAACCUGAGAUGUUUCAACUGCCCCAUCCGGAUCCCUUGGUUUCUCCUGUGUCACCUUCUCCUGUUCAAAUGAUGAAACGUUCUGUGAGCCAUCCUGGUUCUUGCAGUUCAGACAGGAGUAGCUAUUGUAUAAAAGAGCCAGUGUCUACACUUCAUCGACUCUCCCGACGUCGAAGAACCUAUUCAGAUACAGACUCUUGUAAUGACAUUCCCCCUGAAGACUCAGAUAGACCUGUUCACUGUUCAAGAAAUACACUCAAUGGAGACUUGUCAUCAGCAACCAUUCCUGAAGAAAGCAGACUUAUGGCCAAAAAAAAUUCUGAAUUGGAAGAUCCUCUUCUAUCCUUCUCUUCCUGAGGAAAAUGAAGUGUUCAACUUCCUCUAAGUAUUGCUAUGCAAAAGCUGCUGUAAUUAAACUUGUUAUCGGGAGUAGUUUUUCCCUAUACUUAGGAUUUCUCUGCACUUUAUAGAAUAUUGUAAAAUACACAAAAGAAAAAUGACCCACAUACUUUUGAAGUGUAUUUUAUCUUUAUAUAGUUUAUUUGCAAGAGUAUUUUCCUAAUAACUUCACAGUAUGAAUGUGCAUCUUUUUUUUUUAAAUGAUGGUGUAACAUUUUGACAUCCAUAAGGACAAAUGUAGAUAUUUUUCUAAAAAAAAAAACUGUGAGGGACUGACAGUUUGGUCAGUAUGUAUUGUAGUUUAUAGACAUGAAAUUUCACAAGAUUUCAGUUUGAUGAAAGUAUGAUACAUGAAACUGUGCCAUGGACCAAAAGGUCACACUCAUCCUAGCUUAAUAUGCAUAGCAGCUCAAUGCUGAUUGUAUUAUAUUCCUUUAAACAAAAAAGGAAGCAUUUAAUAUUCUAGAUACCUUUAGCCCAAAUUCUAUGACAUAAUGAGAAUUAAAAAAAAAAUCAGGCUGUGCUGUCCUUCAUUUGUGAAGUAGACACUACUGAUUUCUCAAUACCAAAUGUUGGGUUAAAAUAUUUAAUUUUUAUUUAUUUAUUUUUUUGUUGCAUCAAAAGAUAAUUGCAUUCUAACUUUUGUGACCUACCAAAUUUAAGAAAUGUAUAAGUUCUUAUUUACAUUGUUCUACAAAAGAGGCUAAAGCUGUGGUGACCUUGCUCACUAACACCAGAGAAAUAAAUGACUUUCAAUAGAAGAGGAGUUUUAGUGCUUUUUUUUCUUAAAAUAGACAUUAAGCUGCUAUUGUAUUGUUUGCAGCUUUUUAGACUAUUAGAGAAUUUUUUAAUUUAUGAAUAUUUAUACAAAAAGAAUUCUGUCAUGAUUAUGGUUCUGUAUCAUUGAGAUGGCAUUAUUUAAUUUAAAGAAAAAAUAGCAUUUUUGGUAGUGUCUGCCCACAUAUAUGUUGUCAAGUGUAAUCUACUUUUUGUUUGUUGUUUGUUUUUUAACUUCACUUUGGGGUAAUAGUUUUGUCCAAGGUUUUGGAUGAGCAGCACUUUAAAACAAAUUGGCUUGGUGUUUUUAAGUUAAUCAUAUGCUUAAUAAAUAUGUGUUUUUUGCAUUCAAACUCACCAUACAAUACAUUGUAUUUUUUACAUU